AAUUUGUGUUCCUCUUUAUUUGCUUCGAUCUGUGUUGAUUUCGUCCCGAUGAUAUUUCUCCGUGUUUCGUUGGUUCUCAUCAUGGAAUUUCUCUGCCAUUGAUCGUAAAUUAUAGUUAGUCUUUGAAUUUCGUGGAUUUUCUCUCCUCAUGUCUCUCGGAAAUUGUUUUUGGAAACUAUGAUUAGAGACCCAGCUUCAUCGUAAUGCCAAUGAAGGAUGUAUGCUUUUGACGUCGGUAAACAUCGUGGGAAUCGAUCAAAACGACAUCUCAUUUGCCACUCAUAUGCUGUUCUUGGGUCCUGUUUCUUCUCGCAUUAGUGGCCUCACCUUGAAAUUUCAUCAGUCAUGGUUUCCAUCAUGGUUCAUGAUGGGACCGUGUCUUCGCCGGUAAGAAGGUCCCAAUCUAUGAGGAAGCAGUAUGAGUUGGGUAGCUGUUCGACGCUUGUCCAAAGGCAUCGGUUCCUCCUAACGGCUCUGGUUCUAUUGGUGUUCCUCUGUACCAUUUAUCUCUAUUUCGCCAUAACCAUAGGCUCUAGGCACUCAUGUACUGGAUUGACCGGAAAAGACAAGGCAAUUUGUCAACUUGAGCAUGCCCGUUCCAGUGUCUCCAAUGGGAAACUGAAAUUCUUGUAAGAAUGGCAAUGGAGGCUGUAACCAUUGUUCUUUGAGCCAACCAUUCUUUCUCUGUAUACAUGUGUGUAUGUGUUGGAAUGAUGAAAUCAAAUCAUGCCCAGGAGCGUUCAAUUC